AUGGUGUAUGGACAGAUUCUUCACAGGCACAGCCCUGAUGAUUGUUUUAUUAACAUCAACGUCGGGGGCUUCAAACAGCGUCUGGAGCAAAAUAUUCUGAAACGUUUUCCGCAGACACGUCUGGGACGUCUGCUGUGUUGCAGCUCCAAAGAAGCAAUCCUCGAGCUCUGUGACGACUUCAGUCCCUCUGAAAUGGAGUACUAUUUUGACCGCAAUCCGUGCUUUUUCCGCUACGUUCUUAACUUUUACCUCACAGGCAAAAUACACCUGAUGGAAGGGUUGUGCGUGGUCUCUUUCGGUCAAGAGAUUGAGUACUGGGGCAUCAAGGAACGCCAUCUGGAUUCCUGCUGCAGCAACAAAUAUCAGGAACUGAAGGAGUUUGCUGAGGAUGAGGGCUGGGAUCAGAGGAGCAAUGAGCAGCAGCUCCAAAGUUUUGACUCAUCGACUGAGCAGCUGUCAGCUAAAGAAAGGGAUCUUGAAAUGUUUGAAGGCUCCUGGUGUGCAGAUAUCCGCAGAAAUAUUUGGAUCCGAUUUGAGAACCCGGGUUACUCAACUUCAGCUAAAGCAAUGGCUGUUGUGUCCUUGGGUGUGGUCAUUAUCUCCAUUGUGGCCAUGUGUGUCCACAGCAUGCCUGACUUCCAGCAGGUGGAUCUCAAUGACAAGGAGAUUGAAAACCCAGUGCUGGCUUUCUUUGAGAACUUCUGCGUCAUUUGCUUCUCUGUGGAAUUUCUUGUUCGUUUGGCUGCAUCACCUUCACCUAGGAAGUUCUUGUGCAGCCCACUCAACAUUAUUGACUUUAUCUCGAUUUUGCCCUUCUACACCACUUGGGCCUUUGACAUAGUGGAUGAAGGGGAGAGCCCAGAACUGGAGAAUGUUGGCAAAGUGGUUCAGAUCUUGAGAUUAAUGCGAGUGUUUCGCAUCCUAAAACUGGCCCGUCAUUCAGCUGGCCUUCGAUCUCUUGGUGCAACACUUAGGCACAGUUACCACGAAGUAGGGCUCCUGGUGCUUUUCUUGUCUGUGGGUAUAUCCAUCUUCUCUGUUCUCAUCUACUUUGUAGAGAGAGAGUCUUUGGAGUCUGAGCUGCAGACCAUCCCUAUUGGCUGGUGGUGGGCCACCAUUAGCAUGACCACAGUGGGCUAUGGGGACACCUGCCCUGUUACACUAGGUGGGAAGCUCAUAGGAACCCUGUGUAUCAUCUGUGGGCUGCUAGUCGUGGCUCUGCCCAUUACUAACAUCUUUAAUAAGUUCUCUAAGUUCUAUCAGAAGCAAAAACACAUAGAUAUCAUGCCAGGUAAUUAG